UUUGUCAACUUCCUUUUCCAGACUCAAAGACAUGCGAGUGAUAAAAAAGUACUAAAAUGCCUCCCACUAUUCAGUCAGGGAGUAGAGAAGAUCGAGAUAGAAAACGGGGUGGAGAGAAGAGGUCGGAUCUAGUUGCAAGAGUUAAAUAUAACAAUACAUUGCCAGACAUACCAUUUGAUCCUAAAUUCAUCACAUAUCCUUUUGAGUCAAAUAGAUUUAUAGAAUAUAAAGCAACAUCACUUGAGAGAGCGUACAAAUAUGAACUACUUACAGAACAUGACCUUGGUGUGACGAUAGAUCUUAUCAAUCCUGAUACUUACCAAAUAGACCCUAAUGCCUAUCCAGAUCCAGAAGAUGAACGUCUGCUGGAGGAAGAUCACAGUUCACAUUCAGAUUCUAAACGAUCAAGACACCAUAACAUGAAUGUAUCCUGGUUGAGAAAAACAGAAUACAUCUCCACAGAAUAUAACAGAUUCACACAGAAAACUGGAGAUUCAGAAAGAAGAGUUGGAUUUAAAAUAAAACAGAUUAUGAAGGAUGAAGAUGUUUACAAAGACAGAGAGAGUCAAAUUGAGGCUAUUGAGAAAACAUUUGAGGGUGCUAAAGAACCAAUCACCAAACAUUACAGUAAACCAGGAGUUAAACCAUUGGAAAUUUUACCUAUAUUUCCUGAUUUCGAUUUAUGGAAACAUCCAUUUGCUCAAGUGAUAUUUGAUUCCGAUCCUGCUCCUAAAGGAAGAUUAGCACCUAAUGCCAUGGAAGAAAUGAGCCAGGCUAUGAUCAGAGGUGCUGUAGAUGAAAGUGGGGAACAGUUUGUAGCUUACUUCCUUCCCAAUGAAGAAACACUGGGUAAAAGGAAGAGAGAUGCCGAAGAACAAGUAGAUUAUGUUCCUGAUGAAGAAUACCAGUAUAUGCUAGCACGUGAAUACAAUUGGAAUGUUAAAAACAAAUUAUCAAGAGGAUAUGAAGAGACUUAUUUCUUUGUCUUCAGAGAUGAUGGUGUAUACUAUAAUGAGCUAGAAACCAGAGUGCGGUUGAGUAAAAGAAGAAAGAUAGGUGGAGUGGAAGUACCAAAAUCAAGACUUGUUGUCAAACACAGAGAUCUGAAUACUAAAGAAAUACAAGCUCAGGACACACGACUGAUGAUGUUAGAGCCUCCACAGGAGGAGGAAGAAGAAGAAGAGCAAUUUGGCAGUGAGGCAGAAGGCAGUGUCAGAUCAGGCGGAAGUAAACGAAGUAGGAGUAGAAGUCGAAGUCGUAGCGGCAGUCGUAGUAGGUCAUCUAGCAGGAGUCGAAGCCGUAGCAGAAGCAGGACUCCAUCACGAAGCGGAAGUGAAAAAGGAAGUGGAAGUGAAAGUGAGGCUGAAAGUGAACAUGCAAAGAAAGAUGAGGAAGAAAUCUUUGGAUCGGCUAGUUCUGAUGAAGAUUAAUCUUGUAUACUAUAAAAUGUUGUAUACUUCAAAUGAAAAAAAAAUACUGUGACUUGAACUAUGUUGGAUAAUGCACAAUCAGAAAAUAGUUCUGUUAUUAUACCAAUUACAGCAGACAAUAUUAUUUUCUGGAUUUAACCAGACUCAUUUUUCAGACAAUAUUAUGAUUAUUUCAUAAUGUAAGUUCAAGUAGUUUUCUUGGAUGUGACAUUUCUAAUAAUACUUUAAUGCAUUUUUAAUGGUAUAAAAGUUCAGAGUUGAGUUUGAAUUUUUAAGGUAGAUGAGAUCAGAGAUUUGAUGAAAUCUUCUGAUCCUUGAAAACAUUUUCAGAAAUCAUGAAACACAUUGUCAAAUCAUUGUUAUUUGUAAAAAACUAUUUUGCAGCCAUUUCAGUUCACCUUUGUAUUUUCAUGUCAUCAUGAAAUUUCGUUGCAAAAUAAAUUUAAAGAUGUA